AUGUUUCGGCCUCUGGGACUGCUUCUUCGCUCCCAACGGAGAGCUCUCCCUCGAACUCUCCCUGGUCGCCGCGGCUACGCUGUUGACAACUCGCAACCAGUGUCCACGCCCCAAUCUGAGGGCAAUCAGGACAGCAACAACGCAACGCCUUCCGAUUCCCCGAACACAGCAGAAUCCACUGGCAAUUUCCGCCGGAUCGGGCCUCAUCUGGUCGAAGUCACUGUGCCAGAGACUUCGAAGCACGGAAAUCCUGUACGCAUAAAGCUUGACUAUCUGAAACUGCGUGAUGCUUGUACCUGCCCGCGCUGUGUCGAUCCACACUCGAAACAACGCAAUUUCCGGUUCAGCGAUAUUCCUCGGAAUAUAAGCCCGCGUAGCAUCCAGUGGAAGGAGAGAGAACUCGUGGUGGAAUGGAAAACUGAUAUCAACGGAUUUGACCGGUCGCACGUCUCCACCUACGAUGCGGACUCCCUCCAUCGCUUAUCCUGGACCCCCGGCUCGACCAGACAUAAAAGGCACCGGUUUUUCUGGACCCGGAGCGUCAUGGAGAGGCUUCAACACUGGAUCACGUACGAUGAGUGGAUGAACGAUGACACCAAAUUUGCAAGAGCCAUGGGUGUUCUGGAAAGGCUCGGCAUCAUCUUUGUCAAGGACAUCCCCGACUCUCGAGAAAUGGUGGAGAAGAUCGCAACGCGGAUGGGACCUCUACGGAACACUUUCUACGGCAUGACGUGGGACGUGAAGAGUGUCCCUGAAGCCAAGAAUGUGGCCUACACGAACCAGAACCUGGGUUUCCACAUGGAUUUGAUGUACAUGAAGGAGCCUCCGGGUUACCAGUUGCUGCACUGUUUGAAGAACUCAUGCGAGGGAGGUGAAUCUCUCUUCGUGGAUACCUUCAACGCCGCCACCAAAAUCCCCACCCACUACUUGGAGCUUCUGACGGAAUUGAAACUGAAUUACCAUUAUGAGCAUGAGGAUCAGAUCUAUGUCAAUCAAUGGCCAGUUGUCGAAGCUCGAAAGCGCGAAGAGAAUGGCCAAACACAAUGGGUCAUUGAGCACGUCAACUAUUCGCCGCCGUUCCAGGCCCCUUUCAAGGUCUCUAACUCCCCGUUCUUGGCUCGGCGGCUUCGCGAAUACCAGAGAGCUCUCUCCGCGUUUGCCAGUGCGAUGGAAAAAGAGCAUCGGAUCUUCGAACUGAAGCUGAACCCGGGAGAGUGUGUCAUCUUCGAGAACCGGCGUGUCGCGCACGCCCGGCGGGCGUUCAACACUACGACCGGUGAGCGAUGGCUGGCUGGCGCAUACGUUGAUGAAGAUGCCGUCUUGUCGCGGUUUAGAGUGCUCGACCGUGACUACCCUGAGUGGUCUAGAGUAAAUCUUGUCGAAUUCUUGGGACACAACAAACAGCAGGCACAAACAGAGCAGACGGAGCGGACGGAGCAGGCACAGCAGGCACAGCAGACGGAGCAGGCGCAGCAAACAGAGCAGACGCAGCAAACAGAGCAGACGCAGCAGACACAGCAGACACCCUGA